UCCCUGAGAUACACACACGUCACAGCAGUCCACCAGUCGCCGCUAUGAAGGUUCUGUUUGUCCUGUUUGCCCUGGUGGCGGCGGCCUCGGCCAGCGAUCUGGGCCAGUACGGAGACGAGCAGGAGCACCAGGACGUCGAACACACACCCUACGAGUUCAGCUACGCCGUCGAGGACGACGACACCGUGUUCUCUCAGAGCGAGCAGGGCGACGAGGAGGGUGACGUGGAGGGCGAGUACGCCGUCAACCUGCCCGACGGCCGUGUGCAGACGGUCCGCUACUCGGCCGGCGACGAGACCGGCUACACGGCCGAGGUCAGCUACGAGGGCGAGGCCCAGUACCCCGAGCAGGACUCCUACGAACAGGAGGAGGAGCAGGAGGCUGAGCAGGAGGAGGAAGAAGAGGAGGAGGAAGAGGAGGAGGAGGAGGGAGAGGAGGAACUGGUUCCCAUCUAUGCCUACCGGCCCGUGUACAACUAACUAGUCAUAGUAAAGGUUGUGUGCUUAUCUUUCCUAGGGAAGGGUUUUUGUGAAUAACUUUAAGUCUUCUUGCUAAUUGUGUGCUAUUUGCGAUCAUUACUCAAUGUUUGAUGUACUCUAUGUGAUGUUAAGUGUCAAA